AUGGCUGAUAUUAAACUCCAGCCCAACUCAAUCUCUGUGUCGACGAAACAAAACCCCGUCAAGCUCCCAGUUUUCUUCUUCAAGCUUUCUCGAUCAACCCCUGCAAAGCCCUGUUCUUCACAUUCUCAAUCUCCCUCAAAAAUGGCGAAAGACACAAUGCCACGUCCAUGGUUUCUCGAUUUAGUGCCUCUCUUGGUUGUUCUCCUCGCUGCAGUCCAUGUUCUUGCUUUGGCUUACUGGAUUUAUAGGUUAGCCACUGAGAAACAGCCUCAGAGAAGGUUUAGCUCUUUAGUUUAUGCUUUGGAUUAUAAAAUUGAUGCCGAUAUUGUUAUUGAUUCGUGCCAUUGUGAAAGUAAACAUGUGUUUUCUGGCCUGGUCUGCGUGAUGUUAAAUUCUGGUUGUAUGGAGAAGUUGGAUAUCUUUUCUGGCCAUAUGAACUUUCAGUUUGAUGGAAAUGUAGGUACUAUCAUGAGUGGGUGUUUUAUUAAAGUGCCCUCAAAGGUAUCUCUGGUGGUUUUAAAUUGCAAUGUCAGCCAUGAGGCAUAUGAACCUGUCUCAAAUGUACCACCAAAUGCAUGUCUGGUGAUGGGAAUUGCUGACUUUCAAACUUCCGUCAUUAGACUCCUAGCCAUGGGCGUAGCAGAUGGGCAAUGCAUGAUGUGUUUGAUAGGAAGAAUUUGCUUUGGUUUGAUUUACAUAUGUGCUUUGGAGACAAGAGAAUUAUUGUCCAAAGUGGAUAAUGAGUGGCCCUUGUUGCUGGGUCCCAGUUUGCUAGUUGGUUCUGUGUCUACUAUAAUGUCUGGUGAGGAAAACCAUUAUGGUAGAGGAUAA